GGUUAUUCUGGUGGUAUGGGAGGUGGUGGUAUCGGAGGUGGUUCUGGCUUUGGUGCAGGAGCAGGAUUUGGUGGUGGAGGCUAUGGUGGUGGAGGCUACGGCGGGGGUGCUGGUUUUGGUGGCGGUGGGUUUGGAGCCGGCGGAGGUGGCGACAGCGUCUUUUCUGGCAAUGAGAAGCAAACAAUGCAGAAUCUCAACGAUCGUCUGGCCGCCUACCUGGAUAAAGUCCGUGCGUUGGAGGAGGCAAAUGCGGAACUCGAACGUAAGAUUAAGGAAUGGUACGAAAAGAAUCGCUCCGGAAGUGAAACCGGUGAAAAAAGGGACUACAGCAAAUACUAUAAAAUAAUCGAGGAACUAAAAGCUCAAAUUCUUGCAGCAACCAUUCAAAAUGCAGGCAUAUUAUUGCAGAUUGACAAUGCCAGGCUCGCUGCUGAUGAUUUCAAGCUUAAGUAUGAGAAUGAGUUGGCCCUGCGCCACAAUGUGGAGGCUGACACUAAUGGCCUGCGUCGGGUCCUGGAUGAUCUGACUCUUGCAAAGUCUGACCUGGAAUCGCAGUUCGAGAGUCUUACUGAAGAACUGGCUUACCUGAAGAAGAACCACGAGGACGAGGUUAAACGUGGACAAGGAACGGCGGUCGGGGAGGUCAACGUUGAAAUGAAUGCGGCACCGGGUAUAGACCUGACCAAACUUCUAAAUGACAUGAGAGCCCAAUACGAGGCCCUGGCUGAGCAGAACCGCAAGGAUGCUGAAGACAGAUUCAACCAAAUGAGUAACGAAUUAAAAAAAGAGAUAUCAGUAGGAGCAGAACAGGUUCAAUCAAGCAAGAGUGAAAUUUCUGAUCUUAAGAGAAUCCUUCAAGCCUUGGAGAUUGAGCUCCAGUCACAGCUUGCCAUGAAAAAUGCUCUGGAGGAAUCUCUAGCAGAGACAGAAGGCCGUUACUGUGUCCAGCUUGCACAGCUACAAGCUCAAAUCGCUAGUGUGGAGGAGCAGCUGGCCAACCUUCGAGGAGACUUGGAGUGUCAGAGCGCCGAGUACGAGCAGCUGCUGGACGUGAAGACCAGGCUGGAGAAGGAGAUUGAGACGUACCGCAAGCUCCUGGAGGGCGAAGGAUUUAGCUUAAGCUACACCUGUCCUCAUAAAACAAUCAAAGUGAAAAGAAUUUAUGAAGAACUUGUGGAUGGAAAAGUUAUGUCAACCAAGGUGGUAGAAGUGGAUGAGAAGGUGGUGUAAGAGACGGGAUGUCCGGCUUUUUAAGGAAAGACCCUUUCUGCUCAAAAUGAAGAACGGUUGGCUCUGUGAACAAUAUUACUUAUUUUAUACGGGGCUGGGUUUCAACUCAUUGUGACCACAAGAGACGUAUAUUGUAAAUAACUUGCAUUCUUACUCCUACAUCAACAGAGCAGUCUACAGGUGUCCAUACAUCACUCCGUGUUCACAUUGGGUCUGCUUAUUGUCGGUUUUUCUUCUUUUCUU